GCGUCUUCGACUAUCUUUACAGAAGUUGUUUGAAUCGUUUUGAGUGGAAAGCAAAACAUAUCACGCUUUUAAACUGUUGAACACCUUGAAUACUAAACACCAGCGCAGUUUAAUUCUUAAUAAUGGUUAUGCGUGAAAGUAGCGACAACGAAGGCGCUAUGUCAUCCGAUGAUGCUGGACCGUCCGGUUCCGGUCACCGAAAUCGGCAGCGAACAAGCGAAGAAUUUUCGGACUUUGUCAACUACUUGAUGGAACGUGGUACACUCUAUUUCAACCAAUUCAUGGUCCUCCUCAAUCACAUCGUCACCCGAUACAGGGUAAAGGACAAGGUCAUGGUCGUUUUCGAUGGACUCAAAAAGCACCCACUGCUGGCAUUGUCGAUCGCUGGAAUUUUGUUCAUUCUGAUGUUGCCAUUCGUGAUAUUCAUUUUCUUCACGCUGGCAACGGCCGUGAUGACUUUCACCGGGUUUGUCCUUAUCGAGGGAACGCUUAUAACGGUCGCUUCGAUGCUGCUGGUUGGAGUGCUGGCAUGCAUUUUUGCCCUGCUAGGAUUCGUGGCUCUGGUUUUCUUGGCUGGGUAUUUCGGACUAUCCAAAGCGGUCGAUUUCUUUGAAAGGUCCACAUCCGCGGACGUCAAUCCUGCCCCUAGGGUCAUUCCCCUAGGAUUGACUAGAGAACGGAGGACCAAUCGGCCAUCGAACGAAGCACACUGAACAACCUGUUUUUUUUUCUACAUUUUUGUGUUUGAUUAUCCAUUUCCGUGUUACAAGAUCUUUUUAUCAACGGUUAAGGCUUGAAUCUAUCCAGUAUUUUUAAUCUUAGUUUGUAUCGUGGGCACAGUUUCCAAUAUAAUAUAGUAUAUUUGCCAUUGUAAAA